UGCAACAAACCAUGAGCUGUAGCUGCAUUUUUCCAAAUGGGAAAAGCAGCAAAAUGUGUUUCUUUACUUUUUUGUAUUAAUUUCAAAUAUGUAUAUACUGCCUCUGAUUCACAUAAUACUAAGGUAGCAUGCAACAAAAUAAUUCAGUUCUAAACAACAAUUAUAAGCGAUUCAACACAGAAUACAAACCAUUCAUGAAAAACAAUGUAUCACAAUUCACAGUAACCAAGAACAUUCAACUAGUGUCAGGUCACAGAUUGUACCAUACAGUACUGUAAAUAAGCCACAAUUAAUACUCUUAGAAAGCUUUUUAAAAAUAAAAUAAAAUAAAAAUCACACACUUGAAGCCUAGGGCUAUGCAAUUUACAAAAUGAGACAAGAGUGCUGGCAGCAUGUGGGAUUAGGAACCAAACACCGCUUUCAAUUUAAAUCUUCUUGUAACACCAUCCUACCAAAUAUUAGAUUAGUAAAGGUUACCCUGAUGUCCUGAAUUACUUUUAGAUAUUAUGCAGGUUCACUCUUUAUGAGGACUUCCUCGUUGUGGCCUCAUCCCAUCUUUCUCUUUCCCUUAUUUCAGUGAUGAGAAAAGAGGUGUAUAAAACUUUGCAUCUGUUGAUGUCGAAGGCUAAGUGCCGUGCUAAUGUGUCAGCAUUGCUUGGCUUGCCAGUGUAGUAGACGAAACCAUGACAUGAUGCAACAACUGCUUAGGGUUGUGCAGGAAAACUAUUUCCUUUUCUGUCUCACUGGAAAUGCAUCUACCGGCUCAGGUCAUCUGUAUGUGAUACUAUAAUAAAAUUAAGGUGUGGAGACUUUUUCCAUAAGGGCAUAUAGUCAUUGUUUAGAAGUAAGCAGAUGAUGUGCUACAUUGUCAUUCAAAGGUCAAGUUUAAUUUUAGAACAGAAGUGUAAAUUCCAUAUUUAGGAGUUCUUCAUUUAUUUGCUGUUUAGUUGUGGCAUGUUUUCAGUUGCACAGAUAGCACGUUAAACGGGAGCCAGGGCUUGUGACUCUUCAUUGUUCAUGGUAACUGGCAAAUGAGUGGACAGUUCCCAAGUUGUCAAAACCUGGAAGUUUCCAUAAUUGCUCAGUUGUGUAAUAUAUAGGAUAGUUGUGAUGAGGAAAACCUAGGUUCCCUCCACCCAAGAUGGGCAUAAAUCUGGCAGCUCAUCUACCGGUAAGUACCAGCAUGGUACUCUUGUGCACACUUAAAAUGUGGAGUGAGUACCAUUGAAAACAGUGUCUUACAUCCCAGUAAACACAUAUAGGGUCAGGUGGUUAAAAUGCAGUUUUUAUUCUUGUAAAGCCAAUAUGCUUUAAAAAACUGGUUUGUUUCCUUCUACGGUACAUUUCCAUGCUAGAAAGACUUUUGGGCCACAGGGUUACUAUGUUGAAACAAAGUAAUGUUCCUGUGUAACAUUUAAGUCUAGACUUUGCAGCCAUAGUCAAAUCAGUGCCCCCAGAGAAAAGAAGCGAAACAAGGUUGCAACCUAUGGCCCUCUUACUCUGCAGAAUCGUAUUCACGUUUGUGGUUGUCUGCAGUCUAAUCAUCUAAUUUUGUAGCCAUUACAAACAUACAACCCCAUACUACUGUUGUUGUUUUUUGUUGGGAGUUAAUUUUAGAGGGAAGAUACAAGUAGAUUUUUAAACUUCCUACUCCCAAGUUAAGAUUCCAGAGUAUCUCUCAUUUUCGUUGUGCAUUCAACGAAUCAAAUCCACCGCAAAGCAACUUAAGGGGGCAUAAAAACCAGUGCGUCUACUUUACAGGUAUCCAUCCUUUUAUUGGGCUGGCUGUUGUUGGCCGCCUGACUGCUAUUGGGCGGGCCGCUCUGUAUAUGAAAAUUAGGUCAUUUUUAAAAAGUUUAUCUCGUGGUUAAUAAGAACGCAUUUACUUGAAGAACGGGGUUUGGCGCUUUAAUAGCAGUUUCACAAUCUCUGUACGCGCCUGUGUCGGGAAUCAUAUUACUGGAGAUCACAAGGCUUUGGCACAAGCUUUGGAGUCCUCUGUCAAGUUUUUACGCACGCACAUUCUUUCCUCUGCCACUAGGGUAGCUUGCAGUCUCCCCGGGGACAGCGGGGUAGGGAGGUGGGGUGGAGAGAGACGCGUUUUAGUUUCGUCCCUUGAUGUGGCACGAGUCGAAAAGUUCAUGCCAAACUCUGCAGUGAGUGGAGCGCGGUAUUCGCGCCACCGCGAAUUAAUUCUCUGGCUUCUGAACCUGUUGAUAAAAGUAGCUUUCUCCCUGUGACCUAAAGCGUUUGGGAAGACGUGAAGUGUCCUGGCUGCGCCCGCAUGAAGGCUGGGCCCUUUCCAAGCCAUCUGCAAGAAGCUGGAGUCGGCCACUGUAUAAGAGACACAACUGGGCCUCUCCUUGAACGCAGAAACUAAAAUGGUGCGCGGCUUUCCGCGCCCACUACGGGGCUCGGCGGCAAAAACGCAACGCGAGAGGCUUGGGAGGGUGAACUCCUUUGGCAGUUUCUCUCGUUUCCCUCUCAAACAGACCCGCAUACACUUCGAGCUUUCCCCGUGAGAUUUACAGCGUGAAAGAGCUCGAGUCCUUUGGCCAAGUUUGGGCUUCUUUGUUCUCCAAGGUAGACGAAGAUGUCGGCGGGGGGCUCUCUGGGUUCCCCUUCCCACACACUCGCUCGCUCCAUUCUCCCCCGCCCGCCACCGGAGAGCUCUUGGGCCAGCACGUAGAGAGCAGUGCUGCUGCUGCCGCCGCCGCUAGUGCGCGCAAAGAGGCGAGGGGUGGCCGAGCGCGCCGACUGACUGGCUGCCCCGAGGAAUGCGCGGUAUGCAGGAGGCAGAACCAACCAUUCGGCGGGACGGGCAGGGGGGAAGGGAGCGGCCGACGCCUCCUGCCGGCGCAGAACCCCGCGCACUCGGGGGAGCAGCCCGCCCCUCGGGGGACAAAGGCAAGCGGCGCCGAGUGCCGAAGACUUCACUGUCGCCGCUGCAGCUUGGAGGCGUGUAGGCGGCGCGGUGCCUGCACUGGGCUGUUCCUUCCCCCCACCUCCUCCCUCCUCUUCGGUUGCGCGCUCUCAGCCUCUGUGUGUGUGUUUCUCUCUCCUUCUCUGGGCGGUGGUUGAGGCCGAUAGUAGGUGGAGAAGUCGCCGCCGCGGAUCGUAGUAGAUCGAUCAAUGAAGUGACUUUUAUGGCUGGCAGGCUGGGUUGAUAGUCUGCGUUCAGCCUGGCUUUGCAGCCGCCAGUGAUCCCUGGAGAGGAGGAGGAGGACGCGCGGCAGCAGCAGCAGCAGCGUUGCAUGAGAGACUCAGCCAAGGGAGAAGAAGAGGGUGGAGGCGGCGGCGGCGGCAGAGGCGUCGAGCCAGCCAGCGGCAGGAGAAGAGGAGCCCAGUCCCAGCAGCCGGCGAGGGAGAGGCACUUCCCCGCGGCCACCUCCCUGAAUCGCGCGCCGGCCAAGUUGCCUCCAAAGUUGCUUCCCGGGCGGAGGGGAGGCUCGCUGUUUGGCUGGGCGAUGAUUUUCCCCAACAGCAGCAGCAGCAACUCUGCGGGCGGCGGCAGGACUCCUUAUAGAAAGCAGCAGCCCAUCGUGCCUGCCCAUCCAAUGGCUCCUCCUAGCCCCAUCAUCACCAGCAGCAAUAGCAACAACAGCAGCAGCAGCAACUCAGGAUGGGAUCAAUUAAGCAAAACAAAUCUUUAUAUCCGAGGUCUGCCACCAAACACCACUGACCAGGACUUAGUAAAACUAUGCCAACCAUAUGGGAAAAUUGUGUCUACGAAAGCUAUUUUGGAUAAAACGACAAACAAAUGCAAAGGUUAUGGUUUUGUAGACUUUGACAGUCCAGCCGCAGCUCAGAAAGCAGUAUCCGCUCUGAAGGCCACUGGAGUCCAAGCACAGAUGGCAAAGCAACAAGAGCAGGAUCCAACUAAUCUAUAUAUUUCCAAUUUGCCACUUUCAAUGGAUGAACAAGAGUUGGAGAAUAUGCUGAAACCUUUUGGGCAAGUUAUCUCUACAAGAAUACUUCGUGAUUCCAAUGGCACAAGUCGUGGGGUUGGCUUUGCAAGGAUGGAAUCGACAGAAAAAUGUGAAGCAGUAAUUGCUCAUUUUAAUGGGAAAUUUAUUAAAACACCCCCAGGAGUUUCUGCUCCUGCAGAACCUUUGUUGUGCAAGUUUGCAGAUGGAGGACAAAAAAAGAGACAGAAUCAGAACAAAUAUAUACAGAAUGGAAGAGCAUGGCACCGAGAAGGCGAGGUGAGACUUGCUGGAAUGACACUUACGUAUGAUCCAACUACAGCUGCUUUACAAAAUGGAUUUUAUCAUUCGCCAUACAGUAUUGCAACAAACAGAAUGAUCACUCAGACGUCUAUCACGCCAUAUAUUGCUUCUCCAGUUUCUACAUACCAGGUGCAGAGCCCUUCAUGGAUGCAGCCACAACCAUAUAUAAUGCAGCAUCCUGGUACUGUAUUAACUCCUUCCAUGGACCACACCAUGUCACUGCAGCCUGCAUCAAUGAUAAGUCCACUGACACAGCAGAUGAGUCACCUUUCAUUGGGCAGCACUGGAACAUACAUGCCUGCCACAACAGCUAUGCAAGGAGCCUACAUACCCCAGUACACACACGUUCAGACAGCAGCUGUUCCAGUUGAGGAAGCCAGUGGUCAACAGCAAGUUACAGUAGAGACGUCCAGUGAUCAUUCGCCAUAUACUUAUCAGCAAAACAAGUAAUUGUGAGAAAUGUGUUGUUGACCUCGCCUGGAGAAGGAUGCAAAGGCUGAAACAAUCAUGGAUUUUACUGAUCAAUUGUGCUUUAGAAAUUAUUGACAGUUUUGCACAGGUUCUUGAAAAUGUUAUUUAUAAUGAAAUCAACUGAAACUAUUUUUGCUAUAAGUUCUAUAAGGUGCAUAAAGAAAAACAAAAAAAAAUCCUUAAAUUCAUCCUAGUAGCUGUUUCCCUCCCCCCUCCCCCCUUGAACAGGUUUAUUUUAGUAAGAAAUUUUUUAUCGAGUAUUAACGACGCAAAAAAAAUAAAAUAAAGGUAAAUAAUUAAAUAAAUGGGGGUGGGAAUCUGUCCAUGCACAGAUUGCAAUGAAGACAUGUUCACGUGCAUGACAGAAUCAGUCUCUUGGUUUGUUUUUGUUUUUUUGUUUUAUCGUAUUAAGAUUUUGUUUUUGUUUUUUGAAGUUUAAACUAGUAAAACAUCCAUGCCGAUGUUCUGUGCUUGCCGUGUGAGUGUCGCUAUAGUGCAGUGUUGCAGUUGUAGGGUCUAUUUUCAUAGCUUUCUCUCUCUCUCUCUUUUCUUUUAAGGUAGUGUGAAGUGUCUUAUCCUUUUUCUAUCAAUUCCAAUUUGCCUUAACUCUUUUAAUGCUGUAGCUGUUUCAGUACGUAGUCCAAACUAAUGGUGUAGAAUGCUUUUGACCAAAUGAGCUGGUCUAUUAUGCCUUGUAAAACAGCAGGAUAGGGCUUUUAACAGGUAGUCGAUUAAAAUUGCUGAAAAAUUUGGCUUUUUAAAAUGUGUAGUAGGUGUUUUUAAUGAUUUUGUUUCCCCUCACAUAAUAAUGUAAGGUUGUGAAAUGCAAGAUUGGGGGGUAGGGAAAUGUUUUGUGUGAAACACAUUUUCUGACUGGGGAAAUUUUAAUAGGAUAAAUUGUUUGUAAGGCCUUAUGCCAAUUAGUUUUCCUCUGCUAGUUAGGAACUCUGCUGUAUGAUGCAAUGUAAAAAAAAAAAAUCUUUUUGCCUUUUUCCAGAAGCUAAUUGAUGUUCUAGUUUUAGGGUGGGGGAGUUUGGGGGAUGGGGAAUCCACAGAAUGUUUCUGUCCUUCCUUUCUAGUAAUGAAUAGUGCUUUAGAAUGAUGCUGUGCAGAGAAAAUAGCAAAUAGAAGCGUUUGCUUUUACAGCAAAUGCAAAAGCUAAAAGAAUUUUUCAAAACAUAAGCUGAGAUGUAAGUAGAAAACAUACUAGAUUGGGUACUAGCUCUCUAUAUUAGGUAAAUAAAGACUUGGCACUUUUUAAAGGUAACUUUACCAAAGAACAAAGAGCCAGUAACCAAUAAUUCUGAUUUUGUCUCAGCAGUUAUGUCUUCUGUACUCUUUUAAUUUUGUUGCCGGACCAGUUUGCGGUUAGAAGAAUGUGCCUUUUUUUGUACAUUUGCAUUUAGGUUUUAUAAUUUUUAAUUGAUGUAUGGACACAAACAAACAAACAAAAAGCAUGAAGGAAGACUUGGAUCCAAGCAGUGCCACACUUUACAUCAUCACUACAAGUGUUAAGUGUAAAGAAGAAGAAGAAGAAAAUACAAUUUUGAAACUAUGAAAUUCCUGAUUUAACAAAUACACUGUUAUUUGUACUUUUUACAUAUUAGAUGAUAAAACUCACUGCUAUUAAAAGCUCAUUUUAUUAUGAUCGCAUGUGUAUUAAAUCAAACGGUAAAUUAAGUUGUCUUCCAAAACUGUGUACUUGUCUGGUCAGCUGUGUAUGAUCAGUUAUCUACCUCAAGGCUUAUUUCCUUUUGUAAUGGGACAGGUUGCUGGCCCUCCCUGUUACCACAGACCAAAUCAUCCUAGCUCAGGAGCUAGGCCUAAGCAAUUCUUUCUUUUCACUUAUUUUUUUUUUAGUUUUUAAAUUUUAUGUGAGUAUUCAAGUACAGAUGUCAGUGACAUUUCAUAGUUUCAAAAGUCAAUGCUGCUCUGAGAAGUGUAGAUUCUAGUAAAUUACAUAGUCAUAAGAAAUGUGUUUGUUUCUUUUUGUUUUCGUUCUUUUGUUUUUUUUAAAAAAAAGAAAAAAGUUGUGGUAUUAUUGGUUCUAUGCUCCCUUGAAUUGACUGCUUUGUCAAAGUUCAGACUUCUUGCAACUCAUUCCCUAUAGCUGGUGUAUUUCCAGAUGUGGGGGAGAAAAUGUGGGGGCAGAUAUUUGCUACUUGAUGUUUUAUUUCAAUUAGCUAAACAUUAGGGUUAGAGGGAGGGAAUAGAUGCUGCUAGAAAAGUCUGAACUAAGUGCCAUACUCAUUAUCUGGGUAAGAUUUGCAAAAUGUAACCUCUGUACAUAAAGAAAUAAUCAGUUACUUAAACAUCACAUAGUAGACAGCCAUUAAAUUAUAAAAAAAAUAAUUUAUGAAGAAAGACCUUUUGUACAGAUUGAAAAAAAAAGAUUUUCAUAGAGAUAUCUAUAUGAUCAAGAGAGUUAAUUUUUUAUUUUUGUUUUACUAGUGCCACAAACUUGCCAGUGGUAACUUAUUUGUCCGGUUCAAGAUACUCUGUCAUUUUGUUUCCUAGGACUUGUUGUUAAAUGCCAAAAGACAUUUUUGAACUGUAAAUUUGAUUAGAUCAUUAGUUUUUUUCUGUUUUGUUUCUUUUGAAAACUUUUGAAUAAAAAAGAUCAAAAUAUAAA